AUGGGGGCGUCCCACGACGCCGAGGGGGACCAGGAGGAGGCGCGGCGCAUGGCGAGCCUCCUGGCGGCGCGCCGCGCGCUGCGUGCCGGCCUGGAGAAGUCGCGCGCGCUGAGCCACGCGCUGGCGCCGAGGCUGGAGGCCAUCCAGGAGCGCCUCCCCGCCAUGGAGGCGUCGGUGCGGCCGAUCCGCGCGCCGCGGGAGGCGCUGGCGACGGCGGGGCCCAACAUCGACCGCGCCGUGGGCCCCGCCGCCGCCGUGCUCAAGGUGUUCGACGCCGUGCACGGCCUCGAGCCGCCGCUCCUCGACCGCGCCGCCGUCGCCGCCGACCUGCCGGGGUACCUCGCCGUGCUCGCGCAGCUCGAGGCCGCGCUCCGCCUGCUCGCCGACAGCUGUGGCCUCGCCACGCAGUGGCUCGCCGACAUCGUCGCCUACCUCGGGGAGCGAAGGCUCGCCGACGCCCGGUUCGUGGCGGGACUCGCCGCCGCGCUUGACCGGCUCAGGGACUCCGCCGCCUUCGCCGACCUCGACGCCGGGCUGCUCGCCGCCGCGCUCGACUUGCUCGAGGACGAGUUCAGGCGGCUCCUCAAGGACCACUCCGCGCCGCUCGCGAUGAAGGACCCCGCCGGCGGCUCCGACCCGCCGGCCGUCGUGCCUUCUCGGAUCCCUGCCUCCGUCGUGUACAAGCUCAGCCUCAUCCUUGACCGCCUAGCUGGCAACGGCCGGCUUGACCACUGCUCGUCGGCGUACGCGGACGCGCGUGGGGAUACCGCGCUCAGCCCGAGCGUCGAGCGCUGGGGCCGGCAUCUGGAGUUUGCGGUGCACCACCUCCUUGAAGCUGAGAGGAAGCUCUGCGUCGCGGUGUUUGAACGGCGUCCUGAGGCCGCGCCCUUGUGCUUUGCUGAGAUUGCAGCUCGUGCUGGCAUUCUUGAUUUCCUGAAUUUCGGCCGUGCCCUGGCUGGUGUCAAAAAGGACCCCAUCAAGCUAUUGCGGCUGCUUGAUGUGUUUGAUUGUUUGAACAAGCUGAGGCUGGACUUCAACCGAUUGUUUGGUGGAAAGGCUUGUGUAGAGAUCCAAAGCAGGACUAGGGAGCUUGUCAAGACGGUCGUGGAUGGUGCUGUUGAGAUCUUUGAGGAAUUGCUUGUUCAGGUGGAGCUGCAGCGCAAUUUGCCGCCGCCAGUUGAUGGUGGAGUGCCACGCAUAGCGAGCUUUGUCGCCAAGUACUGUAAUCAGCUUCUUGAUCAGCCUUAUCGAUCUGUGCUGACACAGGUGAUCACCAUCCACCGCAGCUGGCGCAAAGAAGUGUUCAAUGACAAGAUGCUGGUUGAUGCAGUGCUUAGUAUCGUUAAGACACUAGAGAUAAACUUUGAUACAUGGUCAAAGGCUUAUGGAGAUUCGACACAGUCAUCUCUCCUCAUGAUGAACAUACACUGGCACUUCUUCAAACACCUAAAGGGUACGGCUGGGGAGGGCCUGAUCAUGUUCUCCAAGGGCCGGGCUACUGCAAGAGAUUUAGUGAAACAGAGGCUCAAAUCAUUCAAUGCUAGCUUUGAUGAGAUGUUUCAAAAGCAGUCUAAAUGGGUGAUAUCGGAUAGGGAUUUGCAGCAGAAGACGUGUCACCUCGUGGUGCAGGCUAUAGUGCCUGUUUACAGGAGCUUCAUGCAGAACUAUGGGCCGCUUGUUGAGCAGGACGUUAGUGCUAGCAGGUAUGUGAAGUACAGCGCCGAUGAUCUGGAUAAGAAGCUCAACACACUCUUCCUGGCCAAGCCAGGCAGGCCAAUGAGAGCUGCAAGUUUCCAAAUCAAAAAUUCGGAUGACAAGAUUACCAGUGCAAUGACCGGAUUGUAUCGGAGUGCUUCUACUCUGAAGUAG